CCCCGCGGUGCUGCGGCUGCCGCUUCCCGCUGCUGCUCGCCCUGCUGCAGCUGGGCCUGGGCAUCGCCGUGGCCGUGCUGGGCUUCCUCAUGGCCAGCGUCAGCUCGUCCUGCUGCUCAGAGACACCCCGUUCUGGGGCGGGGAUCCUCGUUUGCUUAGUAGCGUACCUUGGCUUGUUCAUGCUCUGUGUCUCUUACCAAGUGGACGAAAGGACUUGUAUUCAGUUUUCUAUGAAACUUCUGUACUUCUCGCUGAGUGCCCUGAGCCUGACGGUGUGUGUGCUAGCCCUGGCUUUCCAGGCCCAUCUUUACUCCCAGCUCUCCCAGUUUACCUGCGAGACCACGCCGGACGCCUGCCAGUGCAAACUGCCCUCCUCGGAGCCCCUCAGCAGGACUUGGGUGUACAAGAGCGUCUCGGGCUGCUCCAGCAUCACCGGGACCCUCAGACUCUUCCUGAUUAUCCAGAUGGUUCUGAACCUGGCGUGCGGCCUGGUGUGCCUGGCGGCCUGCUUCGUGAUGUGGAAGCACAGGUACCAGGUCUUUUAUGUGGGGGUCCGGAUGUGCUCCCUGACACGGUCCCAACGCCAGCAGUGAAACCUCUCAACCAUCUUGCUAAACAGCAACAACGAAAUCCAAAACCCCAACCCUUAAGUCCUCC